AUGGAACGUAAUAAGGAAGCCGCAUUAAACCGCAAUAAGAUAGUUUCGGCCGAGGCUAUCAAUGCUGUCGACAAUAUUACGAAAGAUGUGAUAGCCAAAGACAAUGAGCCGAGUAGCGACGAGUUCGAUGAGGAUUUGGAGGAAGAAUAUCGGAACUUGAGCAAUAUGCUCGAUUUACCGAAUGAUACUUAUUCUCUUACUAAAAUUACCACUGAAUUACCUGCGUAUGUCAAGUACAGCGUCCGUUCUGGUCUGAUUCAUUUAAACAUGCCACAUUUCUCACCGUUAUCCAGAGGUUAUCAGGGUGGCGCUAUAGCGAUCGCAGCUUUUGCCACGACCGCGAUUCACAAAUCUCGCUGUUGGAACGAGGCGGUGAUCGAUCAAAUCGUCGAGGACGGCGACACUUUUUAUUGCGAGUCCUACAGAGACGUGGACACGGACGAUCGCCGGACAUUGACCAUCCUCGACUUGAAAAGGACUCUCCUCCUUCAGAAAAAGUUUAAUGUAAAAGUCAAGAUCGAGGAUCCGGCGUAUGCCGGAAAGUUCCGUUCGCGAAAUCCGACGGAGCUUCAUCUGGUGAAGGCGUUGGAGCUGUUUUUCGCGCGACACAACGCCGGGAUUCUAACGUCGCCGGUGCUCAAUAUAGCGAUCUGGAGAGACUCGAAGUACUACAGUAUAUUUGAUGGUCAGGCGCGACGAGAAAGCGGCGAGCCGGCAGCCGAUGGGGUCAGCGGAUCGGCCAAGCUGUUUCUCGUCAAGGACUUGAUAGGGCUACUGUUCAUCAUCCUCGAGAAGAGUAAUGUGCAAAACGAGCCUUUCGUAAUUUACGCGAUAUGUAUCAGCGACGUCGGGACCGUUUAUCCAGAAGAUCCGGAGGAGGCCACGACGAUACUCGGCAAGGCGCGAAGAAGACCGAGCGGCUAUAAAAUGUAUCAGCGACACCGAGCCGUGAUACAAGGAUCUUGUCAUCUGAUGCAUCCUGCCAUACCGGAAGCUCUGCGAGGCAGGGGACACCUGAUCGUAGCCGUGGCGGCCUUGAUAUAUUCCCGACUGAUUAGUGCGAACAAAUGGACGGCCGCUUUGCUCGAUCUGAUCAUCAAUCAGUCCAACAUCUACCUGAUCGAUCUAGCCAGAGCUCUGGAGAAGAAGCUCAACGACGAGUUCGAGCUUCGGCUGGAUGACUUGAUGAGCGACGUUAUCGUUGGGGUGUAUUCCGCCAAGAUAAAGGUAGAUGCGAAUAUAAUACCUAGCCAAACGCAGAAGAGUAAGAUGACCAUUGACAGCGGCAUGCAGGAGUUCUUCGAGACGCAGGAAAUCGGAUUGCUUGAGAUCAAGAAGACCUUUUACGCGAUUUGGAAGGAUGAUAAUGCAUAUUACUUUUUCGAUCCGUUUGCUUGCGACGGCGAGGGUUUCAGAAUUGAUUCUAGGGAACCCACGACGGCUGCCACCACGACAGAUUCCGCCGAAGAAGCUGCUUGCGUGACCAUGAAUAGCACUAUAAACGAAAUAGUGGAGACGAUACUGGAAAAUACCGGUAAUGAGGAAGGCGAUCCUUUCUUCAUACACGGAGUCAAGAUACUUUAUGUCAAGACUGGAGUAACGCCAGGUGGUCCGCUCGAAAAAGUGAUUUAUCGAGAGAGUGGAACAAGCCGUAGACCGCGGGCCCCGUCGCCACCGGCACCGGUGGAUAUAACGAAAGCCGGUCCAAUCGACGCGACGCCACGCUCACGACCAGAAUCAUGUAAAUUCGCAGAAGUGUCUAUUCAGUAUCCAGAAAUUAUGCGGAACGCAGCACAGUAUAUGACAACGGUGGAACCGGUAUAUAUAUUUGCGCCAGAGAGAGAUAAGAAAACAAAGAAAGGAGACACAGAAAAGUAUUAUAAUAUGAACAACGAAAAAUACGAGAUAUUUUUUCAAAGACAUAUCAGGGGUUAUAAGAUGAUAAACGCUCAUCGUUUUUUCGUUCGCGGAACCAGGACUUGUUUGAACGAUAUGUAUCAUCCGCGAUCACAAGGUAAACAAGGAUUAAUAAUCGCCUUAAUCGCGUUGGCGUACAGGAAAUUAAAGGAGCCGGCCCACUGGCGGAGCAUAGACAUAGAUCAACUUAUUGAUUUCGCCAACAAGUCUUACGAACAAGUUAUAAUGUGGAUCAAAGAAGGUCGACCGGAAAUAAAGGAAGAAGAGGAGGAGGAGGAAGAGGAGGAGGAGGAGGAGGAGGAAGAGGAGGAGGAAGAGGAGGAGGAGGAAGAAGAAAAAAUCGUUUCGAAAGUAACACGCGUUCCAAGUCAUUUGGAUAUUUCGUUUUUACCUCCCAAGUUGAAACUAGCUGAGAACGACGUGUUUUUCAAGACGAGUAUGAAUGUUAUCGAAGGCGACGCGAAUCCCUUGGCUAAUCUCGCGGAGGCCCUCGAGUGUUACUUCGAACGAUAUUCCGAAGUGAUAUUGGAAAACAAGAGAUUGAUGUACGCCAUUUGGAAGGAGGACGGAAAUUUUUUUCUGUUUAAUCCUUACGGUGGUGAUGCGCAGGGAUGGCGUCUCUGGAGUUACACAGCUACUUUUACCGUAACGGAUAGUCUCAACGAACUGGUCGAUCUUCUUUACGGCGUCUUAGAGUACAACGAUCCGCGUUUCUCACUUCAUUUCGUAGCUCUGGAUGCAAUAGAACCGGGAAAGUACAAGUCACCCACGGAAAUUGAAAUUCCAGAUGAGAGGAUAAAAAAGAAGUUCCAAACAAAGUUUUUACCGAUCACUGAUGACGAUUUAUUGCAACUCGAGAAGAAAGAGUCGGAUGUUGCCGAAGAGAUUGUUGAUAAAGAGGAAGGGGAAGAAGAGGAAGAAGAUGAAGAGGAAGAAGAGGAAGAGGAGGAAGAGGAGGAGGAAGAGGAAGAGGAGGAGGAAGAGGAAGAGGAGGAGAAAGAGGAAGAGGAGGAGGAAGAGAAAGAUCCUGUGCUGAUACUCGAGGAAUCUGUGCAGUCGGACGCACCUCACCGCUUAAACUUGGCUCUCUUGACCUCUACAGUAAAAAUCCAAGAUCCGAUUGAGGAAGAGUUAAAUGGCUUGCAUGAGGAGGUAAUAAUGGAAAAGAUGAAGUACGACCAUCCACCACCGUAUGUGAUGCCGUCGAAGAGAACGUUCCGCAUUUUGCUGGAAGCAAAGUUGGCGAACAGGUCGAUCCCGUCGCUCGUAUCGAGAUUUUCGAUCGAUUCACGACUGGAAAUCAAGAAGGGUGACGUCCCCAUGGAAACUACACCAACUGCGAUCGUGCCGUUGUUUCAAGACACGAAACCUUCCAAGAUUAUCAAGCUAUCUUUCGGAAGGUACUUGUACUCAAGAUUGCCACCGAUCCGUAUGGUGCCUCUGAGAGCUAUCGAUGAGGCUUACAUCCAGGAAGAAAUCGAUAAAGCGGUCGACGAAAGUUAUCUUGAACGAAGAAAGGAGGAAAAGGAAGAAGACGAAAUAUUAGAGAAAUUACCGAUAGCGUCUUCUGCUGCGAGACCAGAACUGAUACCACUUGGACCAAUAAUUAAGACCCCCGCUUUGGCGAUAAAGUGCCUGACAGGUCUUCUUGCUGAACGGAAGCGAAAGGCGGAAGAAAUAAUGCCUACUGUCAAAGAAAACGGGCUCCGCGAUGGGGAAAAGCUGUUAUUUAAAUCAAUGUAUCCAAACUUUCGCUCUGAUCUACAGCCACCGGUUGAAAAAGUUGAUGUUAAAACGAAAGGGAUGAAGAAAAUGAUAACCGGUGCAAAAGAUUUCGAGAAAACAGUAGAGAUUUCGUCACCGGAAGUUGGUUUCGAAGUUACAGAUGGAGACGUGGAAAUAAUACGAGGCCAUGACAGUUUGCUGGAUCGCACAAGAAUUGACUCUUCUUACCUUAAACCUUGCUACAUUGCGGCUAUACUAUUCAUUUUAGCAAAAGCCACGCAGGAUAUAGAUCACUUCAGCAAUAACACGCUGGAUACAUUGCUUGCUUUUACCGAAAUGUUCAAUGAAAAAGUCGGUAAAUUACGAUACAAUGGGUACAGAACAUUUAACAAAAUAUUCAUCUUUGGCACACGAUUUAACGUUAUUCUGAAAGAAAUCACUCGCGCCGACCUCAAGUGUUCUCCAUCCGACGAGCUCGAUGCUGUUGUCAGUAAAUUUUUAGAAAAACAUGAAACCGGUAUAUUGGUGCUGAGAAAUGGCGCCUACGUAAUUUGCACGGCGAACGAUAAAUAUUACGUUUUCGAUCCUUAUCCCUGCGACGAGAAGGGCAGGGCCAGUGAGAAGGGCUACUGCUGCCUCAUGAAAUUCCGCGAUUUCAAGUCCAUGCUCGACAGAAUUAAAGAAAACGCCGGCGAAGCUGCUGGAGAACCUUUUUAUCUCCACACCGUAAUUGCUCACAUGGAAAUGAACGGACGUAAACGUAGACGAAAGAGAGGUAUGAAGCGUCGCGCGAAGGUAGAAGAGCUGGCGAAAGAGACGACGCUUAGCGAAGUAAAGCGGGACGUGACAACGCCAACAACAGUCAAAUCCGAAACGUCUCUGAUGGAAUUAGCCGAGUGGGCUACUUCGGAUACAGAAUUGGAUUUCCAUCGUGACGCCACGGUCGUCGGUUUCACACCGUUACAGCACCACGAGGCCUCGAUGCUCGAGGCGAUUGUCUUGGAGAACGACAUUACGACGCCUACAUUGGCACCGUUCGAGCAACCGUCAGAGAUCGAAAGUGAGAGUCGCGAGGAGACGAUAAUCGACAGAAAAAUACCGCCCGAGCGGAUAUUUAAUAACCACUCGUCCAUCGAAAUCCCCAUCGAUCUCUGUAUAAUGGCAUGGUCAUUGAUUCACGAUCCCGCGUAUUGGUCGGAACGCACGCUUGUCGGCUUGACCGAAGCUGCCGCCGAUUACGCCUUCGACAGCAUGUUGGCGAGCGAGGACACUUCCGUGAGCGAGAUGAACGAUGCGGUGUUGCAACAAUUCGAAAUAGAGAAUUAUGCGUUUCAAGUGGAAUUCGCGCCGCUACAUUACGGAAUCCUGUACGCCACGGAGGGAUGGAACCUCGCGACGACCCUGGAGAAGCUUUUCGAGACGAUGAGCUAUACCGGUGUGAUCAUCGUGUGUCGUAACGCUCACGUGGGCAUCAUGAAUUGCGACAGGAACUACUUCGCCUGGUGGACGGUCAAGGGGACGAAGAGCCUGAGAAUGAUCACAUCCAGCAAUUUUGGCGAGUUUCUUAAGCUGAUCGUCAAGGUGCUCAAACAGCCGGACAAGGUUGAAUUCGUCGCAAGAGCGAUCACUAUAUACUAUAAAAAACUGACGCCAGAUCACGGCGACAUUAAAGGUCUUCAUGAGCUGACGACUCAGUCUCUGCCAGAGAUUCACCGGGAAGAGCCUUCGGAGUUUUACGAUGUCCAAGCGAUCUUCAAAUCGAUCGAUCUCGUAUCGAAACCGAUCUUCACGCGCGGAACAGUAGCUCUUCGCGAUCGCGACAGCCUGCUGGAACCGCGGGCGAAACGUUGUUAUUUCGUCGCGUUACUGGCUGUCGUGGUAAAGAGGGACAUCGUUCAGUCUCCGUUUCCCGGCAUGAUCGACCAGGUCCUCGAAGUGGCCGAGAGUCUGCACGCAAGAUUCUCCGAACCAAAAUUUCACGCACAACACAUCUUACGAAAUGUCCCACUGAUGAACAGGCUCUUUGAUCUUCGUGACUGUGCGUCACCCUUGGUCGCGUUAACAACCAAUUCUCAGACCGGCAGAAACACUCUUUACGCGCAAGUGACACAGCAUCUGAAACGUCACUUUAAGAUGCACACGAGCGGUAUACUGCACUUCACUAACUGCUGCUACGGCUUUUGGUACUCGAGAGUGACCAACUGCUACUACUAUCUGGAUCCUUAUCAGUGCGAUGCGAGAGGUAAAAAGACUUAUGCCCACGGCAACGCCUGCCUGUGCAUCUUCUCCUCCGUGCAUCAAAUGGUGAAGCACAUGUGCCUCAAUCAAUUCGAAGGCACGACCGGAUUUUUCCUCCAUAGAAUUCACGUGGAUUCCAUCGACGCGCUGCCGUCCGCGAAGUUCCACGAAGAUCCAAUGUGGGUCUAUCUGGACUAUCAAUGGAACUUCACGCAUUCGAUUAUGCAACCGCGUAAGAAAGCGAAGGACAGGUCGAACUCAUCGAAGACCGAGCGGCGAUUUUGGAACAACUAUGCGGUCGAAGUGAUCGAUCUGAUUUACUCGGUCUGGGGCACGAUCGGCGCAUACGAUCGUCGAUUCGGCGCACGAGCUGGAAAAAAUCGCGCUGCCAUAUGCGUAGCCGUCCUGGCCAUGCAGAAUCUCUGUCACCCUUCGCGGUGGAGCCCGGCCGUCUUGGACUCGGCCGUCAUCUGCGGAGAUUCCUAUUACACGGAGAGCCUGAAAGGUUCGAUGCAGAAGAGGUCCGAGAACAGGUUCGGCUUGCGGACCUCCUUUAGGGUAUUCCCGCACUCGUGGACCAUAGAUUUCGGCACGAGUGUAUGCGGGAUUCUGUACGGCGAUAGGAAUAAAUUAACGUUAACUGGUGCGUUAGCGUUGGCUUUUGAGGGAGCUCGCAACGUCAUCAUCGAGUGCAACGGGAUCGCCUUAGCGGCAUUGAUGGCUAAGGACGCUUAUUACAUCGCCGAUCCCUGCUGGAUCGGCCCGCCGUUGUUCACGAGAGAAUGCGGCGCGAUCUACGUUCUACGUUGCAAAAAUAUGAAUGCUCUAAUCUACGCGAUCACGAAGAUGCUCAAUACUAAUCAGAGACUUGGCGUACGCGUCACGCCGUUAAGCCUCUCGUUUGAUCGGGAAGACUUCGAUGCAGACCUCAGCAUCGCGAGAAGAAAGAUCCUGUCGAGAGCUUUGCAGAAAGUUGCGAGAAAAAUUGAAGCUUCCGGCACUCCUAUUCCCAGAGUGGUUGUGACACCCGACAAGAAUUCUUCUCGGCGGUAUCGACGGCACCUCGCCAGGGCUGCUACCAGAGAUUUUCAGUCGGAGAGUUUACAACUUCGCCGUAUGCAACCUGCAUUGAAUCCCGAAAAUGCAAACAAUGCGCUCGUGAGUACCAAGUGGCGUCUGAAUCUCGGUCAAGCGCGUUCCCGGAAAAAGCCUAAGCUACCCUUGGACUCUGGCGAGACAAAAGAUGGUCGGUUGACCAGCUCUUUGGCUGAUCUAUACGAGACGCAAAUUUCCGUCGCAGAUUUGAUUACCGCGGGCGAUCGUCCAAGUCAGAUAGACUUAGCCAGCGUUGCUUCUCCAUCCGGAACAGAUUAG